CACACACAAAUUGCAAAAAAAUAAACAAUAGCAUAAUCCUAUCUUUUCAUCCUUUGAUCAUAUUCCCAUUUCUCAAAACCCUAGGAAAGGAAAGGAAAGAGUGUCUCAUUGGGUCCCCAAAAGUUUCAUAAAGUAAUCAAAAGCAAACAAACAAAUUAAAGCAUCAUAUCACAUCCAUCCCUAAAUUUUUUACAUUUUACACUACAAUCUUUCUUUCAUUUCCCAUUUCUUCCUUUUUUUUAUAUACUAAUUCAUAAAAUAAUUCUUUCUUUAUUUUACCAAAUCUGUAAACUGUCAGCUUCUACUACAUACCUCAAAAAUUAUAAAAAUACUAUCUUUAAACCUUGUACUGAUCAAAUGCCAAGUUAAGCCGAAAGGGUUUUCAAGAUUUCUACUUGUUAGUACUAAUCUUGCGUGUAUACAUAUAUAUCUAUAUCUAUAUGUAUGUAUAUGUAUCUUCUUUUUUCAAGAAUUGAAGUGGGGUUUAAAAAAGAUUCAAACUUGAUUGGCCGACUGUAAGUAAAAAUGGCAUCAGAGCAGAACAGGUUUCUGCAACACCCACAACAACCAGCUUCUUCAAGGCGAAAAAGAUGGGGCGGCUGCUUAGGUGGUUUAUCUUGUUUUGGGUUGCAAAAAGGUGGAAAGCGUGUUGUACCUGCAUCUCGUAUGCCAGAAACCCAUGCAACAGGAAACCAACAAAAUGGGCCUCAAGCUGCGGGGUUAACUAAUCAGAAUAACUCGGUUCAUCCGUCACUAUUAGCUCCACCAUCUUCACCUGCCUCCUUUUCCAAUUCGGCCCUUCAAUCUACAGCCCAGUCACCAAACUGUUUUCUGUCAGCGAAUUCACCUGGAGGUCCGUCUGCUCAAAUGUAUGCCACUGGACCUUAUGCCAACGAUACCCAACUUGUGUCUCCACCUGUCUUCUCAACCUUCACUACCGAGCCAUCCACAGCUCCACUUACACCGCCACCUGAGCUAGCUCAUCUGACCACACCCUCAUCUCCUGAUGUACCAUAUGCACAGUUCCUUUCAUCUACUUUGAAUCUUAAAGGUGAUCGUAAGAAUAGUUACAUGACUGCAAAUGAUCUUCAAGCAACAUAUUCUUUAUACCCUGGAAGCCCGGCUAGUACUCUUAGAUCACCAAUUUCACGAGCAUCAGGUGAAGGUUUAUCAUCAUCUUUCCCUGAAAGGGAUUUCAGCCCGCAAUGGAAUCCUUCACCUCCGUCUCAAGAAAAAGGGUCAGACCCGAGGUUACCACAAGAUGCUAAUUUCUUCUGCCCCGAAACAUUUGCACAAUUCUAUUUGGAUCAAUCUUUGUUUCCUCAUUCGGGUGGGCGGUUAAGUGUUUCUAAAGAAUCAGAUGUUUAUUCGAAUGCUGGAAACGGGGUUCAAAGCAGGCAGAGUAAAGUGUGCAAGCAAGAUAUCGAGGAAUUAGAAGCUUAUAGAGCAUCAUUUGGGUUUAGUGCUGAUGAAAUUGUGACAACAGCCCAUUAUGUAGAGAUCUCUGAUGUUAUGGACGACUCUUUUUCCAUGAUGCCCUCUGGACCCAAUAAGGUGCAUGAGAGCAAAAGUAUACCAAGUCUCGGAGAAGAUGAAGUGCCAAGCCCAAAAAAUCGCAGGGCGGAAGCUACUCAGUCUAUCAGGAACGAGCCUGAUUCAUGUGAUGCCAUUAAAGAUGUGAAAGAACCUUUUGAGCAUUGUUUGACGGACGAUGAAGACAUAUUCUCAAAGAUGGGAGGUUCAAGAAUGAACGGGAAGUAUUAUAUGGGAAAUCACGCAAAUUCUGAUGCAGAAGUCGAGUAUAGAAGAGGUAGAAGUUUGAGAGAAAGCAGAGGAAACUCGAAAUGGCCGUGAACGUAGAGAGGAGAAUUAUAUUGCAUAGUUGGUUCCCUGUAUGUAUUAAUGUGCUAUCUGUUUUCCCUCCUUGAAAAAAAAAACACCGAUGGAUGCUGGUGUUGUCUAUUAUGUUGUUUUUACUUAUUUUUUUUUUUAUUUUUAUUUUUUUAUUUUUACUUUCUAAUGUAACUAUUAUAUAUGUAUCUGGUGAAUGUGCAUUUGGUAAAGCAAAUGAGAUGGGAUUGACUAUUUUGUGAA